AUGAAGAUUCCCAUUCUCAUCUCCCUCUUCACUAUCUUCUUUGGAGUCAUUGCUCUGGAAUCCCCAAUUCCGGAGUUCUAUCCGACUGAAAUAUCCACCAAGGCUCGCUCCCAUGGACACCCGGUCAACACACUCGGAGAAAGUGAGGAUCCAAACUUUCAAGUUGACAACGUCCCUGGGGAACGAGCUCGCAGACAUGCAGGGCCACGUAGAUUCUACCGAUUCUACCACUCAAAUUGGUUUUAUUAA